GCAGUAGCAGCACCGCCUCCUAAAGGCGCAAUAUCUCAGCAAACAGCUGACCGUUCCAUUACUGCUGUGUGCUAUCUGUGCGGUGCUGUGUGUUUAUUAGAGGUGUGUGAUCGUCCUGAUUCUCCGUCAUGUUGUGGAUGGGACUUUAAGCGGCUGUCUGAACGUCUGAAGCGGACAAAGUGAGAUGCAUCCCCGGAGCGUUCAACCUGCUCCAUCGCGCACACAAAGCCUGUGAAGCAGGCCCGUUUUUUUUCCUCCCGCUGAGCCGCACAGCUGAUGAUGCUCAAACAUGUCGGGGAAUCAUUUCAAAGGCCACGAAGUCAGCUGCUGCAUCAAGUACUUCAUUUUUGGAUUCAACAUCCUGUUCUGGCUGCUGGGCAUGGCCUUAGUUGGAAUUGGACUGUGGGCAUGGAGUGAAAAGGGGGUUCUGUCCAACAUCUCGUCCAUCACAGAUCUGGGAGGUCUGGACCCUGUCUGGCUCUUCAUGGUGGUUGGAGGGGUCAUGUUCAUACUGGGCUUUGCCGGAUGCAUCGGAGCAUUGCGGGAAAACACUUUUCUGCUUAAGUUUUUCUCUGUGUUCCUGGGCAUCAUCUUCUUCUUGGAGUUGACAACGGGGGUCCUGGCGUUUGUCUUUAAGGAUUGGAUUAAAGAUCAGUUGAACCUGUUCAUCAACAAUAACAUCCGGGCGUAUCGGGACGACAUCGAUCUGCAGAACCUCAUCGAUUUCACUCAGGAAUACUGGGACUGCUGUGGUGCGUUUGGAGCAGAUGAUUGGAACCUCAACAUCUACUUUAACUGUACUGAUGCGAACCCCAGUCGAGAAAAGUGUGGUGUCCCCUUCUCCUGCUGCACCAAGGACCCAGCGGAGGACGUGAUAAACACUCAGUGUGGAUAUGACAUUAGAGCUAAACCAGACUCUGAACAGAAGGACUACAUCAAUGUAAAAGGCUGUGUGCCACAGUUUGAGAAGUGGCUGCAGGACAACCUCACCUUGGUGGCUGGAAUAUUCAUCGGAGUUGCACUACUGCAGAUCUUUGGGAUUUGUUUGGCCCAAAACUUAGUGAGUGACAUCGAAGCCGUGCGGGCGAGCUGGGUGCCCCCCCCUCUCUUCAUUCGUCGACUCCCACCUCACUCCAGCAAGAAAGCAUCGGCUUACUACUCAUGAGACACACACACACACAUGCUGUAUGUGUGUUUGUAGCCGGUGGGUGUGAUGGAUCCAUU